AGCAUGGAACAAAACGGUUCGAAUAAUCAUAACAACAUGCCCAGUGAUUUUUAUUCAUUUUCUCCACAAACUGAAUCCAAAAGAAAAACAAAAGCUGUUAGGUCCACAGUGUGUGCUCAGGUGACGGGCGUGGCCCUUUUCUGUGUGGGGCUGGUGGUUGGGCUCCUCAUCGGGAUUUACGGCUUUAAUGGGGUGGGAAAGAACGAAAUCCAUCACUCCAAUCAAAACCCUACUCAGAGUAAACGCGUUGAUCCAAGCCGAAACAGAGACUCAAACACUCUAAUGCCAACAAACAGUGGAACCAAAGAUAAUAUCCACAGUCACAAACCACAUGACCACGGACACAGCCAUGUGCCAAGAGAUUCUCGGAAAACGACUCCCUCAACGCGAGAUUCUCAUGAGCACAGUCAUGAUCACGCUCCAGUGGACUCUCAUGGACAUAGUCAUGCACAUGAUGGACACAGUCACGCACAUGGGCAUUCACAUCACCCUUCAAAUAACAUUCAUGAAUCCCCAAAUAUUGAAAGCACUCUGCCUCAAACGGACACCGGAUUGGACAAGGAGGAGGAGUCCAUGACUUGUGAACCAUGUAAAUGGACUUAUCCGGUAGACGAAGAAACCAAACCGGAACUGUUCGCUCCCAUUAAGUCCAAUGAGAUGGUUAAAGCUAGGGAAGCACUUUACCGAGAACAGAUAAUAACAGUCAAACCCCGUCAAAAGCUGGCGUAUAAUGAGUCAUACGUUCAAUCCAUGUACCUCUUCCCGCCAAAUAAAGCAGAGGCACUCGAAUACUUAGAUAAAGACGGACCGUUUCCGGGACGAUAUGUAACGGUAAUGGUCGUGGAAGGGGCUAGAAAAGAACCACAACUAAUGAAAUACAAAGUAGGACCUCUUGAAGGUGAUGUAGAAAACAUAACAGUAACUCCUUUGUUGAAACCCAAUGAGGUGCCAUUCAGCAACCGUCCGUAUGAUUCUAUUGAGACAAGAGAGUUAAUUAUUACAGUGAUGGACGCCCUUUAUCGCAUUAAUCCCAUGAUGCAAGAGUGCUUUGAUUCCAGAUCACCGUACAGAGAUAUGAGUGUCAUGCCAAAUGGUCCCUUCAUUCACAAUGGAGAACGCACCAGUCGGUGGACUGCAGGUUUGAGGGGGCUUGGAGACAAAGAUUUCGACUUUCUGAAUGUGCUUCCUCUGAACGGAUUAAUAUAUCACGGUGGACAAGACCCGUCAAAAUGGCGUGUUUAUAAUAUUUUCUAUCUAAACCAGGGUCCGUUUGAUACUGUUGAAGAUCUCUACGAAGCCUACAACUCUACAUCCCUGUACAAAAUCCGUUACCCUAAAGGCACAAGGGAACUGAUAAAAGAAAUCACGUUCCCCAAACGCCAGUUAUCCUACCCCGUGCGUCCGAAUUCUGAUCGAACUGGUGCAAAAACGAUAGAACCAACUGGACCUCGAUACAAAAUGAGAGGACAUACUAUAACGUGGCUGGGGUGGCAGUUUUCAGUGACCACCACCCAACACCGAGGUCCGGCAGUGUUUAAUGUAAAGUUUCGAGGGGAAAGAGUUGUCUAUGAAAAUGCAUUGAAUGACAUAGGGUUACUGUAUUCUGCCGACGGUUCAGGACAAGACAACAUUUUCUAUACAGACUCUACGUUUGGUCUGGGAGAAUCAAAGGCAGCUAUUUCUGAUAUCGACUGUCCCUCACAUGCAUCCUAUAUGAGAAGUGUUAUGUGGAACCCCGUGGCAAUGAGAGGAACAGAGAGAGUUACUAUUUGUAUAUUUGAAAUGGACGCCCAAGAACCAAUCUAUCGCCACAAAGGCGAUGAUAUCGAAGUGGGCAUGCGCAACCGAUACCUGGUGGCUCGGUAUCCGACUCAGCUUGGUAACUACGAUUACUUGAUUGAUUUCCAGUUUCAUCUUGACGGCAAAAUUGUUACCACUGCUACGGCCCCGGGAUUUAUCCAGGCUUCCUACUACAAUACCCUUAGCGCUUUCUACAACCCCGAGGAACCAGGACGGAAUCCGUUUGGUUACCGAGUGUCCAAUGACAUUAUAGGACCUAUUCACGAUCAUACUUUUGCUUUUAAAGUAGACCUGGACGUGGUCAGUGAGAAGAAUGACUUUGAACUGAUUCAUUGGAAGUAUGGCGAUGUAAUGGACGCCCUCAAGACAACAAAGAAGGAAAAUCUCACGUAUCCAAACUAUUUCUUUCACAACCAAACACGGUUUGUAGAAUGGGAGCACAUUAAAAAUGAAAAAGUCCUGGAUAUUGAUUCCAAAAAUCCUAAAUUCUGGACGUUCGUAAACAAUAACGCAAAAAAUUACUGGGAAGUGAGCAGAGGAUAUCGCUUGGUACCUAUGCACUCGGGAACUCAGAACAUACAGAGCGAUCAUCCGGAAUUCACACAUAUAUCGUUCACUGAGCACCACCUCACGGUUACCAAGAGGAAGGAGGACGAACAGUACGUCAAACCAAUUUACAACCCUGCUAACCCGAAGGACCCAGAAGCUUCUAGAAAGUAUGUCAAAGACAUGGUUAACGGAGAGUCUAUAGAGAAUACGGACCUCGUAGCGUGGGUCGCUCUUGGAUUCCUCCAUAUUCCUACGUCAGAGGAUGUACCUAUGACAACAAAGGUCACUUCCGGUUUUACUUUGAAACCGUUUAACUUUUUUGAUAGCACUGCAGUGUUUGAUAUGCCGUCUCACGCAGUUGGCGCCAAUAAAACCCUGAUUGACCAGGAGCCUGCGGAGCCGCCAUGUCUGUACGUGCCCUACAGCGUUCAGGGAUGAGGCGACUCACUUAUAUAAACCGAACACUCCAAGUUGGGCAGUGAUGGCCAUUCUAAUUUUCAGUUUUGAAGAAAUGUCUCUAGUUCAUAAACAUAUGCAUCUACAUUUUUUUUUCAUGUGAGGAGUUAUUGAAGUUUUCAUAUGACGUUGGUAAAGUCCCUACAGUAUAUUUUAGCUGUAUGUCUGCUGUAUCAUCGUUCAUAGCUUGCCAGUGCACGUAUUUGUGGGCAGAACCUCUUCUUUAUAACAUGAAUUUGUGAGGGGUAUUUUAUUCUUUUUAUGUAAUACAUAAGUCUAGAACAAGGGGUAAAUCUAUAGGGGAGAGAGAUUUCGUCCGAACUGUGCAUGUAAAGAAAACAUCUUUAAAGUAAGUAGACGUCUUUUUGAAGUAUUUUUAGAGUGCAUAUCAGUUACGGAAUGGAUCAGUCUGUUGAGCACGAACGUGAAAAGCCGUACCUUCGAUAUAUAUAAUACAGUGCUUAGGAGCUUUACUUGAACAUUACAAACGAAGUAUUACAUUUGCCUGGUUCUGUGAAGUGAUCGUGAGUUUUACCUAGAUUUGCAUAAUUCAUCAGUGUUCUAACUUCAGCUCGGUGCACCGUUAGUUUUUUUUGUUAUUUGAUGGAUGACACUCUAACGGCAUGAAUCUUCCACGGAGAAGUUAUUCCCCCUCAUUCAUCAGAAACUUGCCUUAAAGGCUUUGUACAUCUUGCAGUUUCUUCUUUUUAUUUGAUCUCAAUAAGUAGCAUUUUGCAAUAUGCAAAUCAUGUAUGUACAUUGAUAUUCAUUCUAUCAUUAAAAACAUUUUUU